GCAAAGAAAGUGGUUGUCGCAACUCGCCAGUCUCAGUGUCUGAAACUGAUUUGGAGUCAAAAAGACGAAUUUAGUGAAUUGGUUUCCGAACGGUGAAAGUGUCGAGUGGAAAUUGUUAUAAUGUGUUGUUUUGUUGUUGUUUUUGUGAACCGUUGAUGGUUUAGGUGAAGAUGAGCGCGAUAGUGAACGUGGCAGCCGACGUGCUGUCAGGGUCGGUCAUCGCCGCAGCAUCAGGCUCACAGGUAGCCUGGUUCAUCCCGAUGCUGGUGGCAGCCAUUGCGUACUACCAGUACGACCAGUCGGACCCCGAGGGCCGGCCGGGGGACAUCCCGGAAACGGAACUGCUACCGGAGUACGACUUCAUCAUAGUCGGCGCCGGUUCUGCUGGAGCGGUGGUGGCGAAUCGACUCUCAGAAAUAGGGCAUUGGAAGGUGCUAGUACUGGAAGCUGGCGGAGAUGAGACAGAGAUAUCGGAUGUGCCACUCUUAGCCGGCUAUCUGCAGUUGAGCAAACUGGACUGGAAAUAUAAGACAGAACCAUCGGGAACAUCGUGCUUAGCUAUGGAAGGAGGACGAUGCAACUGGCCUCGUGGAAAAGUCCUUGGCGGCAGCUCAGUUUUAAACUAUAUGCUGUAUCUACGAGGAAACAAAAAGGACUACGAUAUAUGGGAGUCGAUGGGAAACAAAGGAUGGGGAUACAAUGACGUUCUGUACUAUUUCAAGAAAUCUGAAGACAACAAAAAUCCUUAUUUAGCGCAAACACCCUACCACAGCACGGGUGGUUAUUUGACAGUAGCUGAAGCUCCGUAUCAUACACCUUUAGUCUCCAGUUUCAUAGAAGCUGGCUUAGAAAUGGGGUAUAUGAAUAGGGAUAUAAAUGGAGAAAACCAAACUGGAUUUAUGGUAGCACAAGGUACUAUUCGCGGUGGCAGACGCUGUUCCACAUCAAAAGCUUUCUUACGACCCGCGAAAGAGCGCCACAACCUUCACAUAGCCAUGCACAGUCAUGUCUCUAGGGUUAUGAUUGACCCUAGAACAAAAAUCGCGUUUGGAGUAGAAUUUAUUAGAAAUAAAAUGAUACACAGAAUACGGGCCCGAAAGGAAGUUAUUCUGUCAGCUGGAACAAUAAAUUCUGCUCAGUUAUUAAUGCUUUCUGGUAUUGGACCAGGUGAAGAACUAACAAAACAUAGGAUACCAGUGAUACAAAAUUUGCCAGUUGGAAAGAAUCUACAAGAUCACAUAGGCUUGGGUGGUUUAGCUUUUAUGGUUAAUAAACAAAUAUCUAUUGUAGAACAUAGACUACAUACAGUGAGUACAUUAAUGGAAUAUGCGGUAAUGGGAGAAGGACCUUUGACUAUAAUGGGUGGAGUGGAAGGAUUAGCCUUUGUAAACACAAAAUACGUAAACGCAUCAGAAGAUUUCCCUGACAUAGAAUUCCAUUUCAUAUCUGGUUCAACCAAUUCUGAUGGCGGUGAACAGCUGCGUAAAGUACAUGGUCUGACAGAGCAGUUUUACGAUGCUGUAUUCAGACCAAUAAAUAAUAUGGAUGUUUGGAGUAUUAUUCCUAUGUUAUUAAGACCAAGAAGCAAAGGUUUUGUACAAUUGCGCAGCGCUAAUCCUUAUGACUAUCCGUAUAUAUAUCCAAAUUAUUUAACAGACGAAAUGGAUGUUAAAACAUUAGUUGAAGGCGCUAAAAUAGCUUUUGCUGUAUCCAGGACGAAAGCAUUUCAGAGAUAUGGGUCAUCAUUCAACAAGCAUGUGUUUCCUGCCUGUGUUAGUAUACCAAGAUUUUCGGAUGCUUUCUGGGAAUGCAUGAUCAGGCAAUAUACUUGUACAAUUUACCAUCCCGUGGGUACUGCGAAGAUGGGACCUUAUUGGGACAAUGAAGCAGUGGUAGACCCUGAAUUGAGGGUGUAUGGUGUAAAAGGAUUGAGAGUGAUUGAUGGUAGUAUUAUGCCAACCUUGGUUAGUGGCAACACCAAUGCCCCGAUCAUUAUGAUCGGAGAAAAGGGAAGCGAUAUGAUCAAAGAGUUUUGGUUAAAGAGAAGAAUGUCGAGGUACUAUGCUUGACGGCGAUGUACAAAUCUUCAGUAUUUUAUCAGUAUUAUUUAUUUGUAAAUAGUUAAUUUAUUCGAGUUUAAUUUAUUUAGUUUUACACGUACAUCUGUAAAUAAAGAUAAUGUAUAUCGUUCAAAAACUAUAAAUUAAGUUCUCUUUUACCAUUUAAUCACAAUCUGUCAGUCGUUCUGAAAUCUGCUACUAUUUUAGUUAAAUAAUUAUUAUGUUAAGAACUUUCUGAUUAACAUAUGAAACAUACGUAUUUAUAUAAUCAUUGACUUAUAAUAUUGCUAGCUGUUGUCCGUGGCUCCGCCCGCAAACCAAUAUAAAACAAUCAUUCACCCUCAAAUGCAGGCGCUAGGGAUUUAUUUUUGAAAAAAAGUAGACUAUAUUUGACUUAGAUUAUACAUAUUUACAGCUAUAUGAAUUAAAAUCCGUCCAAUGUUUUAGACGUGAAAUUGUGACAGACAGAAAAGACUAUCAUUUAUGAUAUUAGUAAAUAAGCAGUAUGUAUGGAGAACUAUGAAUCGUCGAUAAAAAAUAUCAUAACAGGUCACAAUGCUAGUGAUCUUAUCUUUAUAAUGUAUUACAAAGAGAUGAUUUAUAAUUGUUUACAACAUUAAUUACAAGUAAUUUGUUGAGUA